AUGUCCGAACACCAAUACAAGUUCAACGUUGCCAUGAGCUGCGGCGGAUGCUCCGGUGCUAUUGAGCGUGUUCUUAAGCGCUUGGAAGGUGUCAAAUCCUUCGAUGUGAGUCUCGAUACUCAGACCGCGAACGUGGUCACCGAACCUACCCUUUCCUACGAAACUGUGCUGGCCACGAUCAAGAAGACCGGAAAGACUGUGAACAGCGGCGAGGCGGACGGUCAAACGAUGGAAGUUUGA